UAUCGCCCAGGGUGUAAGUCUGGGCGUACAUAGGCCGUUUCACAACACACCAUUUCACGGACACACACAACGCGACCCAUUUCAGCAGCAUAAUUUCGUGUCCUUUAUAUGGCCUUUCACUGGUAUAAGCUUUUGGUCUCACGCAAGCUGAGGAACUUAAUUUUGAAGGUGAAGGGGAGCUGAUUUCAUAUUUGUUUGACUUAAAGAGGGCAAAAUGCCAAUGGGAGCUGGAGGAUUUCUCAGCAAACGAGGGCCGCCGUCGGCGGAGGGCGUGCGCUGCCAGAAGUGUCUGAAUGUGGGUCACUGGACGUACGAGUGCACAGGCAAACGCAAGUACGUGCACCGAAGCUCCAGAACGCAGCAGCUCAAGAAGAAGCUCAAAGAGAAUGAGGAAAAGACCAAGUCCGAGAAGAUGCAGGCACUGGUGGCGGCCAAGAAGGCCGGCCACUCCGACACAGACAGCUCCGACUCGUCCGACGACUCUGACUCGGACAGCUCCAGCUCCAGCGGAGACUCCAGCUCAUCAGACGACUCGGACAGCUCCAGCUCCAGCUCUAGCUCAAGCAGUUCGAGUGAUUCAUCCAGCAAGCCGCCGGAGAAGAAGAGGAAAACGAAGAAGAAAUGACCGGGUGUCGCCAAGAAAGACAAAACUGAGAUUGGUCUUUCCCACGCGCUCGGUUUGAAUUGUAUUGUUGUGCUGCUUGGGCAUGAUGGUACGCUCUGCGUCUGUCACAAUGGAACCAAUGUCUCAUGUCAUUGUAGUGUACCAUAUCAUAUGAGGAACCCAUGACGGCUGCUUUCAAGAAUAGACCAUGCUCGUCUGACUAGGGAUAUCCGAAAACCUCUCUCCGGAGUGUGACUUAAGCGAUCUCUCCCCCUUUCUUUGAUACCAAUGUUUUUCAUCAUCCGUUAUGGUAUCUUUCAUCUGGGCACGAGUCGCGUUCGACUGCCGCAUCCUCGUUGGCGCGCGGCCGACGUGAGGACUGGCUGCGCGACGGGCUCUGACGUCACCCGCACCGGUGUUCAGCUGGCGAGCGGUGCCCGCGCGCAAUCAAGAAGAGGCCGGCUCUAGGCUGAACUAUUCAAUGAUCGCGCUUUAGUUAACUUCGAAGUUUGGGAGAUCCUUAGGCGGAGAGGAGACACAUGCACUCUAACUCAGUAGAACUGCAACACUGGAACCAAGUUGUGAGCAAAGUUUCCGCGAUCAGCAGACAGCUGAUUCAUGCUUCUGCAGCUGUACCCGGAUGGAACAAAAUCGUGCAAGCUCUAGAGAAACUCGCAAGCGUCUUCGGUGGGUUGUUCAUAAGCCUAGCACGAGAUGGCAAAGUGAUACAGGUAACAAACACAACGUGAGUGCCAGGUGUCAUCCUCUGUUGCUCCACUCCAUUCAUGCCACCUGAGAUACGCCACGGCUGGUGACAGUUGUCGGAACAGAGGUCAUGGUGCAUUUGUUCGAUGUCUUCAGCAUUUCGCGUUGCGUUCAGCAUGCAUUUGCGGUCGCCUACCAAAUUUCGUCGUCCAGGGGACUAUCGCGAUAAAAGCCAUGGAUUGUGUCCUGGUCCAGAUAAUGGAGGAAUAAACCAUUUUCAGCCGUUUUGUCA